AUGGCAUUAACAGUGGUGAUGACAAACUUGGUGAUUCAGUGCUAUAUAUCCAAGAUUGGUAGACUCUUUAUAGAAAAUGAUUUAAACUGGCUUAUCUCAAUAUUGACUGGAUUUUCCAAGUACAUUGAUCCCCAAGGCUUGUCACUUAAUGCCAUGGGUAUGUAUGUUACUGACCAUGCAGGGGCUGAGAGAAGGGCAUUGACAAUACUGAUAAUGUGGGCUGUCUGCACAAAGAAGUCAGAAUUAGCUGAAAUCUUGUGGAGACAUUCAGACCAGCCAAUUCACCUUGGUCUUGUUGUUUCCAUGAUGUUUGAGAGACUAGAAAGUUAUGUGAGUGAGUCUGCAUUGAAAGCUGAAAUGAAAAGAUUACAAAAGGAAUUUGCUGAUAAGGCCACCAGAGUGCUAGAUGUGAGCUACAAGGAAGCUACAUGUCGUGCGUAUGAUGUUUUAAAUGAAGAAAGUCCUGAGUGGGAAUAUAAAACUGCAGUGGAGCUUGCUGCGGACUUUAAAAUAAGAAUCUUUCUUUCACAUCCAUGUUGCCAGAAAUGGCUGACAAACAUGUUUUUGGGAAACAUCCGUGUCCGAGAGCUGACUUGGGGAGUCGUGACCUUUCCGCAGUGGGUUAAGGUGAUUAUAUGUGCUUUCCUGAUAUUUCCGAUGUAUAUCUGGGUCAGGUUCAAGGUGGACCCACGAGAGUCUUGGAACGCUUUCAAGGAUAUAUCAGACUUAGACUCUGAUGAUGAUAAGGAUGAAAGGGAUGGUGAUGAAGAUAUUCUUCUUAAAUCAACAGGCCAGUGUUUGCCAGUAGGAGUUGUGGAAUGGAGAUAUUUUCUUUUAGACUUAGACUCUGAUGAUGAUAAGGAUGAAAGGGAUGGUGAUGAAGAUAUUCUUCUUAAAUCAACAGGCCAGUGUUUGCCAGUAGGAGUUGUGGAGUAA